UUGGACAUUCAGCUGUUAAACUCCUCCAUUUGUCCACCACCAAACUGGUAAUCUGUGCGUGAUUUGGUAUCCAGUGGAUUAAUACAGAUUUCUGAAUUGUUUGAAGUUUUACAUUUUGUCAGCAAGCAGGUCCCUCACUCUUUGACCGAGUAAGGACUGACGCAUGGACACUGCCUUGACGGGGCACGUCAGCUAAUGAAUACAAAGGUGGAGAGUAAGAAAAACCAUGGUGGUUACCAGCUAAUUGCUGGUGCGCCUACGAUGAAGGUGCAAAGGCUUCAAUUUCUGAUCAUAAUGUGUUGCUCUUUGCCUUUGCUCCUAUUCAGCAAAGAGAUCACAAAUUCUGAAACACCUCCACACAAAAACAGCAGGCGUGUCAAGAGAGGAUGGAUAUGGAAUCAAAUGUUUAUUUCAGAGGAACAAAAAACUGGAAACCUUCCGCAUUAUGUGGGAAAGUUACAGCUCAAUUCCAGCAGUUUACACGAAAAUGCCAAAUUUGCCAUCCAAGGGGAGUUUGCCAACACAAUUUUUAGGGUUAAUGAGAGAAAUGGUGAUAUCUACUGCUUUGAAAGACUAGACCGUGAGAAGAAGUCGGAAUAUCACUUGAUGGCUCUACUGGUGGACAAAAGAACAAACAAAACUAUGGAGCAUCCUUCCAACUUUGUUAUCAAAGUUAUUGAUAUAAAUGACAAUGCACCAGAAUUUACACAGAAAGCUUUCAAUGGAUCUGUGAACGAGAUGUCAGACAGAGGUAUUUUUGUGACAAAAGUCAACGCUGUGGAUAAAGAUGAUCCUACAAUAGGUGGAAAUGCAGAUGUAACCUACAGAAUAAUCCAAGGACAAGAGUACUUUACAAUUGAUAACAGUGGGACAAUUUAUACUGCAAUACCUAAUUUAGACAGAGAGCAGAAAGAUACCUAUGAAGUUGUGGUGGAGGCCAGAGAUUCCCCAGGACAAACCAUUUACCUGGCAAACACAGCCACAGUAACCAUCCACUUGACAGACAUUAAUGACAAUUUUCCAACCUUCACUGAGAGUGAGUUUAAGUUCAAUGUUCCAGAAAACCUGAAGGUUGGGGGAGAAGUGGGAAGACUGAAAGUAGAAGAUAUUGACGAGCCUCAAAACAGAAACACAAAGUAUAGUUUCUUGAAGGAAAGGUUCCAGGAGAUGUUUGCUGUUACCACAAAUGCGAUCACUAAUGAAGGAAUUUUGAUAUUAAAAAAGCCCCUGGACUACGAGAGUGCUAAACAGUAUAAGAUGGACAUUGAAGCCACAGACCCCCUUAUCGACUUACGUGUGGCAAAACAGCCUAGACCCAAGAGCAUUACAAAUAUCAUCAUUAAUGUCCUUGAUGUGGAUGAGCCCCCAGUGUUCUCCAAACCAUUCUACAAAUUUGAAAUUUCAGAGGAUUCUAAAUUAAAUAAUAUCAUUGGAUUUGUCUCAGCAAAAGAUCCUGAUGCUGCCAACAGAAACAUCAGAUAUUCUAUGAGAAGUUUCAAAGAUGAACCAAUCAAGGUAACAAACAAUGGAAAUAUAAUCAGUGUCAAGAUGCUUGACAGAGAGACUGUGGAUUGGCACAAUUUUACUGUAGUAGCUGAGGAAGUUGACCCAAGUAACCCUCCUAUUAAAAAAGAGUCAUUGGGACUUGUUUUUAUAAAAGUGCUUGACGUAAAUGACAAUGCUCCAGAAUUUGCGGAUCGAUAUGCACCCAGAGUGUGUGAAAAUGCAGCCCACCAAACGGUCAUAACAAACAUUUCUGCUACUGAUAAGGAUGAAAUGAAGCCCGGAAUGAAGUUUACAUAUUAUUCGGCUAAAAAAGAAAACAAUUUCACAGUGCAAGAUAAUCAUGACAACACAGCUACCAUCCUGGUCAAAUAUGGAUACUUUAAUAGAGAAGUGGCAAAGUUUCAUUAUCUACCUAUUGUGAUCUCGGACAAUGGACAGCCAGAGCAGAGCAGCACCAAUACCCUUACAAUUACUGUGUGCAAAUGCAAUGAAAAAGGAGAAUUCACAUUCUGUGAGGAGUCUGCAAAGCUGGCUGCAGUUUCUGUUCCAAUGAUUGUCAUAAUACUUGUGUCUUUAUUUUUAAUUAUUUUGGUUGUCACAAUAUUGGCAGUCCUAAGGAGAAUGCAGACGAAACAUACCAACAUCUUAGGGAAAAACACAGCGGAGAUUCACGAGCAGCUGGUCACUUAUGACGAGGAAGGUGGAGGAGAAAUGGAUACAAACAGUUAUGAUGUAUCUGUAUUGAAUUCUGUGCGCAGAAAUGUUCAAAGGCCCAGGCAAGAAAUGGAAGCAAGUCCCUACCUGUAUGCCCAUGUCCAAAAACCAGCAAGAAAUGGAGACAUGUCUUUCAUGAUUGAAGUGAAGAAGGAUGAAGCAGACAAUGAUGGGGAGGGAUUACCAUAUGACACCCUUCACAUAUUUGGGUAUGAAGGGUCAGAAUCUAUUGUGGAGUCACUCAGCUCCAUAGAAUCUGGGUCUUCAGAAUCAGAUAUAGACUAUGAUGUAUUGAAUAAUUGGGGACCUAGAUUUAAGAUGCUAGCUGAUCUUUAUGGUCUGGAACAAAUUGAAGACUUUCCUUAUUAGUGCUGCAAUACGAAACAUGAUAAAAUCUAAGAUCAGUUGCCAUCUAGUGCCUAAAUCUAUUGUGGAUAGAAAUAGAAAUUACUGGCCCACAAAGGAAAAUUUUCCAGGUGCUUCUCUUUUUAAAGCCUUAUGGAAGAUGAUCUGUGUUGCACAAAUAUAUUCUAAUUGUGCAUCAGUCAAGUCUUCUUUUCUUUAUCCCCCUUCCCCACAGAGUACGGGUCUGUUGUCACAGUAUUAAACAUCAGCUUGUCAUCAGUUUUGUUUUUAUUUUUUUUAUUUGAUGAAAAAGACUUGAGCAUGCCCUGAGAAAGUUUGAGACCAAAACUAAAUUACCUGAAUAAGAAGGGAAUAAAUAACUAAUCACCUCCAUGAAUCAAAUUAAACAGAAUUUAUAGUUAAUGUUUUUACAUGGCUUUCAGAUAAAUCAGUCGACUGGUAGUGCUAUUCAUAAUACGUGGAAGAGAAAUGUCUGCCAGUGAAGGUGUUAAGCAUCAUUAAUCUCUAUCCACCUUUAAAAAACAGUGAAUAAAAAUAAUUUUAAUAAUCUUCUUCUUGCAUGUAAAUGGCUGUCACACAUUUUCUCACUUGCUUUAAGCAAUUUGUGCUCUGCUGACUACUAUUAACACUAUAUAUUAAUCUGUCCUUCCUCAGGGAUACAUUUGUAAAUAAUUACUUGAAAUUAGAUUCUUCUAAUCAGUUGCCCCUGACAUUGAAUUUGUGCUGUAAGAAUAAGACACACUCGUUUAAUGUAAUUGCAUCCUUUCUGGCUAACCAUGAAUUAGAAGUGCUAAGUUUUAAAUGGAUUGGAUAAAAUAUUUUCUCAUUUUCAUAUUCAUUGGCACAAGUUACACUGUCAUCAUCAUUUGUGAUAUUUCUCACUAACCGUAAUUAAUGUUUUUUUUUUUUCCAACAAGAAUUUAGUAUGAGUAGUAUUUUGUGCUGUCUGUAAUGUAUGCUGUCCCCAUUUUGGUUUUUGUUGUAGGUUUUUGUAUGUACUGUAUGAUGCCUCUUUGCAUUUGAAUUUGUGUCUGCAUACAAAUUUGUAUUAAAAUAAUAAUACAUUUUUUUAAAAAAACAGAACAUAACAAUUGACGGGUUUUUUACAUUUUCUUUAAAAUAAAGUAGUAAAACUACUGAGACUUGAAA